CUUCUGCUGCUGCUCUUCUCUCCUCUCCACUCAGGCGAUGAAACCCUAGUUUCAUCACAGAAAUCGUUGAUUGGUUAUUGUUGAUGAAUGAAUCUGUAUAGAUGAUGAGGGUGAUGGUGUAAUUGUUGAUGUACGAAGGAGAAACAGUAUGAGUUUUAGGUUAUUUGUGUGAGGUGAUGAAUCAGGGAGAGAGUUAGGGUUUAUUCUUGAGGUGAAGAAAUCAUGGGAAGAUGAUGGAUCUGUUGAGAACCCAGGUGAUUCAUGGUGGUGCUGUUAAAUCAAGUGUUGAUUCAACUCAGCAGAAAUGGUAGGUUGGUUUAGGGUUUCUCAAAUGAAAAGUUUAUUUAGGAUGAUUUAGAAUUUAAUUUUUCUAGGUAUUCUUAUUCUUAUCUAUUUUUUUGUAUUUCGAUUCUCAAAUUCGUAUUUUAAAGAUCUGAUGAAUAUAAUCGUGUUUUAUUUUUCAUUUUUCAGUAUAUAAUCGUAGUCCUAUCAAGUUGAAUUUGGGUGUUGGUGCUUAUAGAACUGGGGUUUGUCUAGGGUUUUGAUUCCUUGUCAUUUUUUUUUCUGAUGAAAACUGCUCUUGUUGGGUUGUUCUUGUUUUUAUCAUUAUAGGAAAGGAAACCCCUUGUUCUGAAUGUAGUGAGGAAAGCAGAAUAACUGCUUGUAAUUGUACUAUCUCCUGUGAAAUUUACUUUAUGAAGGAGUAAGAAGGAAGGAUGAUUUUACAGCUUUGUAGGAUAAAUUGAAUUGUGCACAUCAAGUUUCUCUUGAAUGUCCUGUUAUUGGUAAACUGUUUGCAGCUGAAGAAAUGUCUGUUCAGGUUUGUCCGUUUAACCCUUCUCUUUUAGGGAUUUUUGUUUUGCUUACAUAUGUAUUGAAUUUGCCAACUAAUAAGCUAAAUUCACUGGGAUCAUAUUGGUCUUAAGAAGUAUGACCCUUAAAAGGACAAGCGUUUCAGUGGUUCAGUGAAGUUGUCACAUAUUCCCCGCCUGAAGAUGAAAUUUUGCAGGCUUGGGAUGCUCAGCAAGUUAAGGAGACUAUGCUCAAGAACAAGAGAUGGAGUUUGAAUCUUUACAAGCUAUCCUCAUGGAUGAAUUUGAAGAAAUUGAUGCUAGUGAUAGUGGAUUAAACACAUCAAAUAGGUGCUUCCAGAUUACAAUCUCUCCACAAGAAGAAGACGAUGAGGAGACAUCUAAAGUUCUGCUGGCUUUAGUUUUUGCUCACACUGAAAAGUACCCAGAUGAGCCACCACAUCUGCACGUGAAAAGUUUAAAAGGAAUAUCGUUAGAGCAUCUCCAUGCGUUUAAACAAAAGCUUGAGGAGGAGUAUGGGUUGGGUACUAUGAACUAAAAGCGAGGGAUUAUGAAGAUCGUGAUGAAGAAUUCGUGCCAAUUAGUGUUUGGAAAGUAUCUGCAAGCUUUGAGUAGGUUACUAUGUAGUGUAUGAGCUGAACUUAUAAGGUAAAAAUGAUUGGGACUUAAUGUAUUCCUUUAGAGUCUGAUACUUCACAAAAUAUAAUUUGGUACUUAGAGAAUUUGAGUUCCUUUUUGAUAUGAAUUGAUUGAACUUGAUGUUAUGAAUGUAUUGAUGGAAGAAACUAUUGUUGAGUGUGGACGAUGGAUAAUGUAAAGUGUAUGCAGUUGGAAU